AUGGCCGUUAUUGGCUGCGGAACACUAGGAACUGCAAUCACUAGAGGAAUACUCGAUCCGCUAGACAAAAGCACCGUUGAUAUUGAACGCCUCAUAGCCACUGUUGGCACUGAGCCUUCCAAACGUCGCGUUGAAGAGGAAUUCUCCCAACAUUCGUCCCGACUCGAGGUUCUCCUGCAGAAGGACAACGUACACGCCAUCCAAGAAGCAGAUGUGGUGUUGUUCGCUGUGAAGCCCGUCAAGAGGGAAGACGUCUUCGGCACCCCGGGUGUGCGCGAGGCUCUCCGUGGCAAGCUCAUCCUCAGCAUCAUGGCCGGCAUCUCAACCACAGAAUUGAAGCGUCUGACUGGUAGUGGAGAGCAAGAUCAGAGUCUACCACUUCAGGUCGUCCGAGCAAUGCCCAACAUGGCUGCGAACAUCCGAGAGGCCAUGACUCUUUACACGGCCAACACGGAAACGCUAUCGAAAGAAAACCUUAAAAUCGCAUCCUGGGUUUUCAAUCAAGUGGGCCAGUCACAGCUCGCUGCUGAGAGCAACUUUGAUAUUUCUGCCGUGUUGGUCGGCUGCGCAGGCUCGCUGUUGUUGUUGGCCAUUGAUGGCCUGCUAGAUGCUGCCGUCGCGGAAGGAGUGAAACGCCCAGAAGCGCAGAAUUUUAUCAUGAACAGUGCAAUCGGAAUCAUGAAGUUGGUGCCGGCCGGAAAUCAUCCAAGUGUGUUGCGAGAGAAGAUCGCAUCUCCUGGAGGGUGUUCGAUAAGAGCCCUGUUGGAGUUGGAGAAGCGCGGAGUCAGAUCGGCCUACACGGAUGCAAUUAUGACCGCGGCUGAGCGUUCGAAGCGCACGUCUGAGUCGUAG